CUGGGCCACAUGUCGCCUUCCCCCGGCAACAUCACAAUGUACACUGCCAGCAAGCACAUGGUCAAGACGCUGCUCGACGGACUGCGGAAGGACCUCGCUAAAAAGAAGAGCAAGAUACGCGUUGGAGAAAUUUCUCCGGGACCUGUCAAAACGGAGUUUGCCUCAAACUUGAAACAAUUCAAUUCGGAAAUGUUGAAGCUGAUACCCCUCCAUGAGUCGGAGGACGUAGCGGAGAUCGUCAUCUGCAUGCUCUCUCAGGAUCCGCGAGUCCAGGUUCAUGAUGUCAUCAUGCAUCCCACGGGCAGUGCUCACUGAAGCUGCUACCAGUUUCCUGAAUAACGUCAAACACUUCAUUAACUUACACGGGAUUCUCAUCACUGGGUGACAGUGUUGCUGUGUGGAUAAUUUAUCAGUUGCACAUCAAACCAGAACUUUAGUCUCGGUUAUUUACAUUCGACUCUACGACUGAAAACUGUUAGAUUGUUCGGGAGUCAACAUUCAUGAAGGCACAACUGAGAAUAUUCAAACGCCGCAGCUGAGCUGUACCUGCAACCUCAAUCAACACAAAAUGUGUGCAUUUUUCAUUCUAUGUAAUGUCUAAU